AUGAGUGUCGAUACUGAAGAGAAGGAGACACAGGUGUUGAUAGUUGGAGGUGGUAUUGUAGGAUUGACCUCUGCAUUGUUACUUCAGCAACAGGGUAUAGAUUGUGUGUUGGUCGAGAAACAUCCUUCAACAUGUAUACAUCCACGUGCACGUGGCUUCAAUAGUCGUUCAAUGGAGAUUAUGCGUAGUAUUGGAUUGGAGGAUGCAAUAUUUGAAGCUGGAUCGGACCUGGCCCCAUCCAAGGGCAUCUACUCGGGCACGACAUUGGUCCAAGUGAUGGCAUCGCACACACUCAAGCUCAGAGCCAUCGCGAUUGGUGUCACCCUGGUCACAUUGUUCUAUGCACUGUAUCGUCUUCUGCCCGGUCUGUGGUUCUCUGCGACAAUGGGCUUGAUCACAUACGCGCUGGUGCGUCGCUUUGCUCCACUCUUUGUUCUGAUGAAGCGUGGCAGUCCUUCAUCAUUCGUUCGAUGUACACAAGAUAUAGUCGAGCCCCUAUUACUGGCAACGGCAACCAAGCGAAGCGAUCACUUUACACAACACUUCUUGACCGAGUGCACUGCCAUCAAACAGGACGAUGCAGGCGUCACUGCCACCCUGGUCAGCACAGUCGAUGGCGCCACACGUCACAUUCGCGCACAAUACGUUUUGGCCUGCGAUGGCGCUCGCAGUCCCAUCCGCGGCAUGCUUGGAAUCGAACGAACCAACUCUGUGUGUGCAUCAUCAAUGCACAUGAACCUAUACUUCCGCGCACCGGCCAUCGCGCCCUAUGUCAAGGGCCGCGAGUUUAGUCUGUGUCAUGUAGAGAACCAACACGUGCGCGGCCUAUUCGCCUCGAUCAACAACAAAGACCUUUGGGUGCUGCAUGUGGCCAUGAAGCCUGGCGAGACUUCAGCGUCCUACUCCAGCCACCGAUGCAUCAACCUAAUCAAAGCGGCAGUUGGCAUCGAUUCAUUGAACGUGGAGUUGAAGGGUGCACUACCAUGGGAAUCAGUCGCGCGCGUGGCAGAGACAUACAGACGCGGACGUGUCUUUUUGGCCGGUGACUCUGCACAUGUCAUGCCACCAUGGGGCGGAUUCGGUGCCAACUCUGGCAUUGCAGACUCUCACAAUAUUGUUUGGAAGUUGUCGGCUGUGCUGCGAGGCGAAGCUGGCGAUGCGCUGUUGGACACUUAUCAAGCUGAGCGACGACCACUAGCCGUCAAACUGUCCACACUGGCCGCGAGUAUGAACGACCCCAAGGGUCUGUUUGACAUUAGCUACAGAAUGUACAUUACAAUCAUCUUUAGAGUGCUGCCAUACAUCUGUUUGGGCUAUGGAUACAAUUCAAAGUCAAUCACACAUGAUCAAGACGCUACCGAGCUGCCCGACGUCAACUCUUUGGACCUGGUCGGUCGACCUGGAACGCGAUUCCCUCAUAGGAACGUCGUUGUCACAACACAAGACAAUCAAGAAGAAGAAGGCGAACCCAAGUCAACAUUGGAUCUUCUGGACAACACAAAGAGCACAUUGUUUGUUGUUGGAGACAGUCGAUGGGAGAUCGUGGCACGCGAACUAUUGGCAGAGAAUGAACAACUUCCACUACAAAUCAUAUCGACCAACCAUUUGGAGAGUCUUGCCAAACCAAUCGUUUAUAGAAAAGACUUUGGUGUUGGCACAUCUGGCGCACUACUCAUUCGACCUGAUGGAUUCGUUGCAUGGCGCUCAAUAGAUGACUCUCAAGCAUCCAAGCUCCAACUCACAAAGCAUAUCAAUACAUUAUAUUGUAGUGGUAGUAACCAAUGA